CGCAAGCAUGUCCACCGUUUUCAUCAGCAGCCUUGACCGAGCCGAAAUGUGCUUUAGUACGCGUUUAACGUGGCUCGUUCAGAAGUCAGUAAGAGCGGACAGACUUCCCGGGGCGCUGCCUGCCUUCUGGGUUCUCGUGGCGCAUGUUUGAAGUUCGAUUGAAACGCGUUCUCCGCUUCAGUCGAAAUGUGUGUUCAGAAAGAGAGUAUUCCUGAGUUGUUCUCCGAGAAGGGGUCAGAACAGUAUUGCUGUCACGCCCUGUAAACCGUCUGCGGCGAGUGUGUCUGCGUUGGUGACGCUUCCAUGCCGUGUCGCGUUUGCAGGGGGGACUUUCGACUUUUCUGUGUAUUUAUCUCGCCUGUCAACCGCUCGUGCCCGUUCAGUGUUGAAUGCCUGAGUGGUGUUUUUCCAGCGUUUUGAGCGAUCUUGAAUUCCCCUUCGAAACAGGCCGUCACUCUCCUGCGCGUACCCCGGAGUACUACAUGAUGCGCUUAUCUGUCCACUUCUUUGCGUAGUUCGAAUCGAAUAAACAGGAACCUGUUGUCUCUACGUCCCGCCGCUCUGUUUUCCCUCCAGUUCAGUACAUGGAUCGCGCAGGCCUCCUGUUUCUUCGCGGCGCGGCUGGCCCGGGUCCGCUCAAGUGUUUCGGCCCGAGAGUGGAGGCUUUUUCUGGGAGCAUUUCGUUGCUUUCUCUGGACAGCCGAGGCCCAACUCCGUUCCGGACGCCUUUCCACACGACGUCCGCCCUCUCAAAGUCUCGACAGCCGCCCAAGGAGAGUCCUGAAUCCGCAGCAGCUUGCACCUUCUCCCCUUUGUUUCCCUCUCCUGUCCGCGCCUCUCCUCACAGAAACUUGCUUGGUGCCCGUGUCAGUGUGCCCUGCAAACCCCUUGCAUGCGUUGGAGCGCCUAAACGGCGUCACGGAGAAACGAGUGACGGCUUUUCUUCGCGAGCGGCUGUAGCCGCGGAGGCGCUUCCACCCUGGCCGUCUGAUUUCCUCCAGAGUGAGGAAAUCGCAGUCGACUCUCCACAGAAACCGACAGGUUUCUCUCGUCCCAGUAACGCCCGUGUCUCUCCGGCACCUAACGCGUGGGAAGCGGCUGCAGUCUUCAGGAGACUGCAUGCGUUCGACUCCGGGCUAAGGGGAGAUGCGAGUGGCGCGUUCGCGGCCUCGGCAACUUGCGGGUGUUUGGCUGCCGCCAGCCGUCGAAAUCCGUGCCUCCCCGCCUACCAGCUCUCCUGGAACCUCUUGCAAGCGCGCAUGUUUGGCGGUCGUGCAGGGGGUCUGAAGCGCCGGAAGCCACGCCGCGAUCCAGGCAGAGUCAUUCAGUCGGGCAUGGGUCGCCGGCAAGAGUUUUUCUGGCCCGAGAAGGCGCGGAGAACGCGAGUCCCGCUGUAUCAGAACUCGCGACCGAACCUGGUGUACGACCAACGCUUCCGGCGGUUCAUGUGCAUGUGGUACGCGAACGGGGUGCAGGUAUUCCGGCCGUUCUCCUGUCGAGGCCGGCGCGGCGGCAGAGGCAAGGAGGGACUUCCAGACGGCCUCGGCAUCGGCAGAGGAAGCGGAACAUGGGAACGCGCGCGCGCAAAAGCCGUCGUUCUGCUGAAGCAACUCCAGAGACAAGGGCACUUGGACAGACUCGCGAAACCCGAUGUGACGCGCAGCGGAGUCCGCGGCGUCUACUUCGACACUGAGGAGAAGCUCUGGGUGGCGACCUGGAACGAGCACGGCUUGCGCAGGUUCAAGGCCUUUCCCACGAUGGAAAUGGGGUUCGACGCCGCGUACCAAGCCGCUGUCGCUGUGCGCAGACAGAAGCUUCGCGAGAACUACAUCUUCAGCAUGCAGAGAAACAGAAAAAAGUCUGGAAGACCGCCAUUCAAGUGAACGCGGCGUGCCGAAGAAACUUCACGUCGCAGUUGUGUGUGGUAUAGACAUUUUCUUCAACAGAUUUCCUGUGUAUAACAACACUCAGAAAAAAAGACGCUCGACGAAACCUACCGCUAUCCCGACCGCGGGGUAUGCGUGCCCUCGCAACGCCCAGCGAAAACACGCAGUCACCGCUUUGGUGUCUCA